AUCUCUUUCUAUUGUAGGCGUAGGUAGAUGGAUGAUAGACAGAUGCUCACCAUGCGCAACAAGUGCCGGAGUGAACGGGCCGAUCCUCCCGCCCGGCGUUCUCGAGCGAGGGAUAAAGAAUGCGGCGGUUUCCAGUCUUGGGAACACUUCCUCUUUUCCUCACCAGACAAAGACGGUUCACCAUGAAGUUUCUCAACCUCCUCCCCAUCUUUCUCGUCACUUUCAGCUCCUGCUCGGCCUCAGAGCAACUUGGCUGUGCAAUCGGUGAGAUGUGCUGCACCUGCAUGCACCCGUACGAUCUCAGUUUUCCUACGGCGUGCUUUCCUCAAAAGCACUGCUACGUGACCACUGCGUGCGACUCGAUGACGAGGUGCACAAGGCCCUGUUACAAUGAUACUGGCUGUAAAUACACCAGCAAGUGAUCAUCAAUCAUUAACCUCGCCCAUCAACUUUUCGAUCACGGUUGGUCUUUGCAAGGACCCCUUCGACGCCCUUCGUCAAAACAAGGGCGAGGUGGGUUAUCUUUGACACUUUGCGGAUUGUCGUGCCUCAGAUCUCACUCUUAAAGCGUCCAGCACCUUUGCGCAUGCCGACUUUUCCGUCAUUCCUCCGCACCUGACCAUGAGAUACAUCUUUCACGUCUUGCCGACCUCUCAUUCAACUUGCUUGUGGCCAGACCACCC